GCCGCGGGUGGGGCUUCCUAGUUAAAAGGCUGCAAAAUCGUGUACCCAACACAGCGAAGGAAGUCCGGGGGCCUCUUCCACCAGUCCGAGUGACCCCGCCCCCUGCAUUCUGGAAGAGGCCGCCAUGGGACGCCCCCCACCCUGUGCAACCCAGACGUGGAUCCUUCGGUUUCUGCUGAUGGGAGCGUGGGCAGGACUCACCAGAGCUCAGGGCUCCAAGGUCCUGGAGGGUCAGGAGUGUAAACCCCACUCCCAGCCUUGGCAGACAGCCUUGUUCCAGGGACCGCGACUGGUCUGCGGGGGUGUCCUGGUAGGAGACAAGUGGGUCCUCACUGCAGCCCACUGCAAAAAACAGAAGUACUCAGUGCGCCUGGGAGAUCACAGCCUGCAGAAUCGAGAUGCACCAGAACAGGAGAUCCAGGUGGCUCAGUCUAUCCAGCAUCCUUGCUACAACAAUAGCAACCCGGAGGAUCACAGUCACGAUGUAAUGCUCGUUCGAAUGCGCCGUUCAGCAAACCUCGGGUCCAAAGUGAAGCCCAUAAAACUGGCCAAUCUGUGUCCCAAAGUUGGCCAGAAGUGCGUCAUAUCAGGCUGGGGCACUGUCACCAGUCCUCGAGAGAACUUUCCGGACACCCUCAACUGUGCAGAAGUGGAAAUCUUUUCCCAGAACAAAUGCGAGAAGGCUUACCCCGGGAAGGUCACCGAGGGUAUGGUCUGUGCCGGCAGCAGCAACGGCGCUGACACUUGCCAGGGUGACUCAGGAGGCCCUCUGGUGUGCAACGGGGUGCUUCAGGGUAUCACAUCCUGGGGCUCUGACCCCUGUGGGAAACCCGAGAAACCCGGUGUCUACACCAGCGUCUGCCGCUACGUCGACUGGAUCAAGAAGACCAUGAACUACAGGGAUUGAUCCUGGUGGCAGAGGUGGCAAUAAACACCAGCUUUGGCUGACUCCUUGACUGUACUCUGGCCUGUGUUUAGGGAGGAGGAAAAAGGGCUAUAGCUGGCUAGCAGAUUUGGUGUCCCUGGUUCCUGUGGCUUCUGUGCCCAUCCCAUUGCCUGAGACCUUGAGAGACUUGGGCAUGGUAGCACAUGUCUGUCAU